UCAACCAACCCGGAAAAUCCCAAAUUUAAGAGCCAGCCAGCUGCCUCUCUGUACGUUUCUCUAAUUAAUCUUCUUACCUCCUUUUCUGAAUCUGAGAAUCCGCGAUCCAAAGCGGCACUUUUCUCGAUAUAGAAACCCUAGGCGACCAUUCCCUCCCAUUUCGUUAAAAACCAAGUCAAUCCCCACCCCCACCUCCCUUCCACCAAAUCCUAACCCUAAGAAUCCUCAAUCCCAUCCCCUUAAUUCAAGAAGAAGAAGAAAAGGGGGAGAUUUUGAUAGUCAUAUUGGAUUUUGGGUGCGGACGCGAAACCCUAGCGGCGGUCGACGAGAUGUCCUCCGCGCUCGCCUUCCUCUCCCUACGGCGGAGGAGAUCGCCGCUCGCGGGGGCGUUCUUCGCGCCGGCGGACCUCUCCGACCUCUCCCUUAUCCAGAUCCUCGCCGGCCUCGCUGCCGACCUCGUCGCCUCUCACUCCGACCCCCGCGCCCAAUUCCAGCGCCGGAACUCUCGAUCCCUCGUCCGGAAGGUCGAGAUCCUCCUUUCCCUCUUCGAAUUCCUCGGAGAUUCGUUCUCCUCUCCUUCCUCCCCUCCUCCUUUCUCUCGCUCCGCGAUCCUUUGCUUUAGAGAGUUCUACAUCUUUGUCUAUCGGGCCAAGCUCCUUCUUGAGUAUUGCUCGCAGUCCAGCCGGCUCUGGCUCCUCCUCCGGAACCCCCAGAUCUCCGGCUACUUUCAUGACCUCAACAAGGAGAUGGCCACGCUCCUCGACGUACUCCCCCUCGACGACCUCCAUCUCACCGCCGACGUCCGGGAGCAGAUCGAGCUCCUCCAAAGGCAGACCAGGAGGUCCAGGAUCUAUGUCCAUCCGGAGGACGAGGAGCUCCGCCGCAAGAUCUUCUCUUUCCUCGAAAAAUUCGAGCGGGGCGAGGUGCCGGAUCCGGAGGAGCUGCGGUCGGCUUUUGUCGAUCAGUUGGGAAUUCGAGAUGGCAUGGCUUGCCGAAGCGAGAUCGAAUUCUUGGAAGAACAGAUUUAUACCCAGGAGGAAGAUGCCGAUCCGCCCGUUCUAGCCGGGGUCGUGGCUCUGACGAGGUAUUGCAGGUUCUUGCUUUUUGGAUUUCAAGAAAUCCAUGUCGAGAGAGGGAGCAAUCCAGCAAAGAAAUUGAGGAACGGAUUGGCCGUCCGGGGGGGCAUGGAUUCCUCUUUCGCCAUUCCAAAGGACUUCUGCUGCCCGAUUUCACUUGAUUUGAUGAGAGACCCGGUGAUCGUCUCUACCGGUCAGACAUACGACCGUUCGUUCAUCACCGAAUGGAUCAACGAAGGCCACUGCACCUGCCCUAAUUCUGGCCAGAUGCUCGCUCACAGCCGCCUUGUGCCUAAUCGAGCCCUAAGAAACCUAAUUUCUCUGUGGUGUACCGCUCAUGGAGUACCUUAUGACACUCCGGAGAGUGCCGAAGCUUCUCCCGAGAGCAUUGCCGCCGCAUGCGCCAGCAAGGCUGCAGUCGAAGCCAAUCGGGCGACCGCUAGAAUUUUGGUUCGGCAGCUCUCAACUGGGUCGGAGGAUGAGAGAACCAUCUCCGCCCGCGAGCUUCGGUUGCUGGCGAAGACUGGGAGGGAGAACCGGGCGUUCAUCGCGGAGACAGGGGCCAUCCCACUCCUCUCCCAGCUCCUCUGUUCGUCGAAUCCAGUUGCUCAGGAGAAUGCAGUGACCGCCAUAUUGAACAUAUCCAUCUACGAUGGCAACAAGAGUCGAGUUAUGGAUGAGGAAGGGUGUUUGAGGUUGAUCGUUUACGUUUUGAGACAAGGGCGGACCCCGGAGGCGAGGGAGAAUGCAGCAGCCACGUUGUUCAGCCUGUCGGCGGUGCACGAAUACAAGAAAAGGAUCAUGGAUGAGCCAGGUGCAGUGGAGGCAUUGGCAAACAUGUUGAUGGAUGGGAGCCCGAGAGGGCGGAAAGAUGCUGUGAUGGCGCUGUUCAAUCUGUCGACUCACCCGCAGAGCUGGGUUGGGAUGAUGGACAUGGGAGCAGUCUCCGCAUUGGUGGGCGCAGUGGGAGAUGAUGGGGUGGCCGAAGAGGCCGCAGGUGCGCUGGCCUUGCUCAUGAAGCAGCCGAUCGUAGCAGAGGCAGUCGGGAGCGAAGAGGCCGCAAUCAGCAGCCUGGUGGGACUCAUGAGGAGGGGAACCGCAAAGGGGAAGGAGAACGCGGUCGCCGCACUCCAGGAGAUGUGCCGGCGCGGUGGAUUCACCUUGACACAGAGGGUGGCGAGGAUGCCGGCACUGGGCGGCUUGAUUCAGACCAUCUUGUUCACGGGGACGAAGAGGGCGAGAAGAAAGGCAGCCCUGCUCGCGAGGAUGUGCCAGACGGCGGCGAUGGCCUUUGGAAGUGGAUGGGCUGUCGAUCGCACGUUAGCGAGGACCAGCUCAUUCAGGCGUGGUUCGAGUUUUAGGAGCGGGGCUGUGUCUGUUGCAGCGCCGAUGGCCAUUUCUGUGCCGGUGCUAUAGCCUGAAGUUCUAGUCUUUCUAUGUUAUAUGAUUGUUGCUGCUGGUUAAGGCUUUUUCAGAAAAAGAAAUUCUUUCAUUCAUACUUUUGGGUGAGGGGAAGUAGCAGGAAAAGAUGAAUGAAUACUGUGAUAUUAUACAUGUCCUGUAAAUAAUCAUGCAUCUAAUUAUAGUUCCUUCGGUUACCAUAUA